CGCAGCUUCACACAGUGAGAGAAGAGACACAAACCCUAAAAUAUCGAAAUGGCCACCGCCGCCGCUCGUCCCCUCGUCACCGUCCAAGGCCUGGACAACGACAUGACCACCGACCAAUCCCCAACCGUCGUCCUACCCAACGUCAUGACAGCCCCCGUCCGCCCCGACAUCGUCAGCUUCGUCCACGCCCAAAUCUCCAACAACUCCCGCCAGCCCUACGCCGUCUCCACCAAAGCCGGCCACCAGACCUCCGCCGAGUCGUGGGGAACCGGACGCGCCGUCUCGCGUAUCCCCCGCGUCCCCGGCGGCGGAACUCACCGCGCCGGACAAGCUGCCUUCGGUAACCAGUGUCGCGGCGGACGCAUGUUCGCCCCGACAAAGGUCUACCGUCUCUGGCACAGGCGCGUGAACGUCAACAUGAAACGCCACGCCAUCGUCUCCGCCAUCGCCGCCACCGCCGUUCCCGCUCUUGUCGUCGCGCGCGGGCACAAGAUCGAGAACGUCCCCGAGCUGCCACUCGUGGUUAGCGACUCCGCCGAAGCCGUGGAGAAGACGUCAGCUGCUAUCAAGGUUUUGAAACAGAUUGGUGCUUAUGAUGAUGCUGAGAAGGCUAAGGAGAGUAUUGGGAUUAGGUCUGGCGUUGGUAAGAUGAGGAACAGGCGUUACGUUUCUAGGAAAGGUCCUCUUGUGGUUUACGGCACCGAAGGGUCCAAGAUCGUGAAGGCGUUUAGGAACCUCCCCGGUGUGGAGCUUUGCCACGUGGAGAGGCUCAACUUGCUGAAGCUUGCGCCAGGUGGACAUUUAGGGAGGUUUGUGGUUUGGACCAAGUCUGCUUUCGAGAAGCUUGAGGGGAUCUAUGGUUCGUUUGAGAAGGGGUCGGAGAAGAAGAAGGGUUAUGUGCUUCCUAGGGCGAAGAUGGUGAAUGCUGAUUUGGCGAGGAUUAUUAACUCUGAUGAGGUGCAGAGUGUGGUGAAGCCGGUUGAGAAGGAUGCGAAGAGGAAGGUGAUGAAGAAGAAUCCGUUGAAGAAUUUGAAUGUGAUGCUGAAGUUGAAUCCGUAUGCUAAGACUGCGAAGAGGAUGUCGUUGUUGGCGGAGGCGGAGAGGGUUAAGGCUAAGAAGGAGAAGCUUACAAAGAAGAGGAAGACAGUCACCAAGGAGGAGGCAUUGGCGAUCAAAGCAGCAGGGAAGUCGUGGUACCAGACUAUGAUCUCCGACAGUGACUACACCGAGUUUGACAACUUCACUAAAUGGCUCGGUGCUAGCCAGUAAUACUAUCGUUAUGGUUGAGACAGUUUCAUGUUUAGGAAAAGAUUUUGGUUUUAUAUCUGUUUGGUUUUUUGCUGUCUUAAUACUAACUUCAGCUUUUGACAAGUUUCAUUUUUCAUUUUUGGACCUUGCUUUCAUCAAUCAGACUACUAUUUAUUUAUUUU